AUGAAUAGUUCAGGUAGUUCUAGUCAAGAUAUAGCUGAUCCUCAGUUAGCAGCAUUUAUUGAACAAGAAAAUCAAAAGCAACGUUUUCAAUCAAUCGUACAUGCAUUGGCGGAAAAAUGUUGGGAGAUAUGUUCACUAAGUACACCAUCAAGACUUGAUGGUCGAAGUGAAACAUGUCUUCACAAUUGUGUUGAACGUUUUAUUGACUCCAGUAAUUAUAUUAUUAAUAAAAUUGGCCAAGAAGGUGCUCCAGCUAGUACAAGUGCACCUGAUAUGGGUCUUCGUGCACCGGAAUUUUUCACCGACAGUGAUUCAACAUCGUCUUCAAGUCAACAAGAGAAAAAGAGUAAUUGGACAUUUUAG